AUGUUUCAGGCAUCUGUUCUAAUGGGAUUUUCUACAUCGGCCUUUCUGCCACAAGAGUACUUAGCAGAGAACGUGGAGAAAGAAUUCUCAUCGUAUUCUGAGAGCCGGUGUCCUGGGAGAAGACUCAGGCGGCCGCCCCAUAGAAUAAAUCUUGAUAUAAGUGCCAUUGACACUACAUCCAUGGACGACCUGUCAGAGAUUAUGGACAUUCAGAGUCGGUCUCUUGCUCCCUGGGAUUUUAGGUAGGUCAUCAUUGCUGAGUCCAUAAGUCGUAGCUUGAAGAAUUCUGUACUUUACUCACCUAAUCGUUGACUUGUCAAUGUUCUAGUACUUUUCCCCUGCAACAAAAUAAAAUUCCAUACCGCAUUUAUAAUUCUGUUUGAAUUCAAAUAAGGAAAUUACAAGAGCAAUAAAUAAAUGAAACUCUUUUCAUUUCGGUUUUCAUUUCCCCCAUUAAAUCUGCUACCUAUAUGGAUCAAUAAUGCACAUGUCUACCUGUUCACAUGGGAUUUAAAAAGAAGCUUUCCUUUUUUUUUAAUUGGGUAUAUACCCAGUGUUUCUAUCUCUUGAAAACAUUUCUUGAGAUAAUAUGUGUGUACAGAUUGAAGUAUCUCUCCACACUAGCACUCACUCACCUUAGGAAGAGGGUACAAUUUUAAUAUAACUUUGACCCUGCUUUUCAGCACUUGUUGAAAUUAAUAAUAUCAUCAUACUUAGAUGUUAAAUUCUCUUUGAAUUACAACAAUUCUAGCCUUAGUGAAUAACCCUGUUAGUUUCGCAGUUCUCCAACUUGUGUACAGCAGCAGAAACCUACAAUAAACAUAGACAUGAAUUAGCAGGUAGCAUUUAAGGAAGUACCUGGACCUCCUGGUUUGGCAUCUUAAGUGUAGUACCAAUUGUCCCAAAUACAACAAUAUCAUUGAUCAUUUAGGAGAGGAAUGCUAGAAUUCACAUUUUACACACAGUAUAUAAUAAAAGCUCUUAACCUGCAUGCACCCUUAUUUUAUUGAGGUAACUGAAUAAGGUAUAUGAUUUUUAAGAUAAGUUUCUGGAUAAUUUUCUCAUUUAGCACUAGAAGCUAUUUCCAAAUCCUUGGUAUUUUAUUGUCAUAAAGUCUUAAUAUAUUAUAUUUUAUUUUUUUCUUACAGUCUUGACAUGGACCCCAACAGAUACCCAAUGGUCAUAUCCGAAGCCAAUUGUCUAAGUUCUGUCUGUACAGAUUCAAGUGGGAAUGAAAACCCUGAGCUAAUAUCACUUCCUAUCCAGCAGGAUAUCAUGGUUCUCAUCCGGGAACAGAAAGACUGUGACUAUGUGUACAAACUGGAGUCAAAACGGGUUACUGUUGGUUGUACAUGCGUCUGGCCCAAUGAAUUUGAAGUCGAUCCAAUGGAAGAAAUUGACAUCUAUUUAUCUCGGUAA